AUGGCGUACGAGAUUGGACUGAGCACACCUACUGUGCCCAAUCGCGGUUUCACACUUUGGAUAUGGAGUGUGGUUAUGGUGAUUGUGGCCGGUUUCUUUGUGCUGGGCCGGUUUGCGAUUCGGUGUCACAAUCGCCGUAUUGGGACCGAUGACUGGGUGAUUCUCGCGUCGUUGAUAUCAUCGGUGUUGCUGACGGUGACCGAGUGUUCUGCGGUGCAUUAUGGGUACGGAAAGCACCUGAAAGACAUCGCCCUUGAUGACCGAGUCAAAGCUCUCAAGUGGUUCUAUGGCGCCCAAAUCGUAUAUAAAGUCGUCAUCACCGUCAACAAGAUCUCCUUCCUGUGUCUCUACCUUCGCAUCUUCAUCCAGCCCGUCUUCCGCCGCGUCUGCUACGGCGGGAUUGCCUUUCUUUCCGCCUGGGGUCUCGCCUAUAUACUCGUUACCAUCUUCCAAUGUACGCCCGUUGCCGCGUUCUGGGACAAGACAAUCGCCAAAAAGUCCUGUGUCAAUAGCAAAGCGCAGUGGUUGUCGUAUGCCGUGAUCAACAUCGUUUGCGACGUGGCCAUCCUCGCGCUGCCGAUCUACCCUGUCUCGAAACUACAUUUGGCCCAAGGGAAGAAGAUUGCGCUGGCAGUGAUCUUUGGCAUGGGGACAUUUGUUUGCAUAACGAGCAUCAUUCGGACAACCACUCUUGCAGAAUCAGCAAACGACACACGUAAAGACCCUACCAGCGGCCCCAUCCCCGCUACAAUCUGGAGCGUCAUCGAAGCCAACGUCGGGAUCAUCUGCGCCUGUCUCCCCGUCUACCACCAACCGCUGAAGUGGUGUCUGCCUCGCCUUUUCGGUUCUCAGCACUCGGCUGAUCCCUCAGUCAACCGAUCCCGCGGACGAGGACACAAGACGCCCGGGAGAAGUCUCUCGCUGCAGGAUCGAAAGGAUAUGGCCUGGCGAGAGCUGCAUGGUAGCGGCGGCAGUUACUCGAACAAUGUGUCGACGCAGGGGUUCGAGAUGUGUGACGUCGAAGGCAGGAAGACUGAGACGAAUGAAAUCAUACGGAUGACGGAUGUGAGUGUCUCGUAUCAGGAUGAUCAGAGGUCGGAUGCAUCCUCGAAGCCCAUCAGAGGGAGAGCAGAAGAUUGA